AUGGUUGAGUAUAGUAGUAUAGUUACUCUAGAUGUUACUAAUUGUAGUAUCUGGAUUCUAUCGAGUAGUGGUGAAAAUGAAUGCUUACACAUUAGUGAGGAAUUGAGGCCUUCGACCUCAUCUACGGGCACUGUGGAGCGUGGUGUGGAAUACUCGCUGGCUGACGCCACAGACCAAGGUCCACCUGCGAAGAAACCCAGGAGCAUGCAGUCAGCAGGAAUUCAUGCACAGCAGCAAUCACCUCCGAAAUCUGUUGGUCAACGCAUAAAAGAAACUUUGCAAACAUCAAAAAGUCAAUUAAGUCGAUCUCCAAAUGUCGCUGAUACGAGUCUUGUUUCGGCCCCGAUGUCACCUCCUCCGCUUGGUGCCGCAGAAGUUAAUACAAUUCGUAUCAUCGGCCAGUAUCUCAAAAAUCUUGGAUUACAGGAAACCGUAGCGACGCUAUUUGCGGAAAGUGGAUGUCGUCUUGAAGAUACCUUAGCGGUACGUUUACGCGAAUAUAUCGUAGCAGGUGAAUGGGAUCAUGCACUUGGUAUCGUGGAUAAAAUGUCGCCAUUUGUUACCAGUCUGAAUUUAUUGCGCAUCCGUGAGAAAUUGUACGAAGAAAAAUUCGUUGAUUUGUUAGGCAAAGAAAGGGUUCUGGAAGCACUCAGUUUGUUGACAGUAGAUUUUCCAUCAGAUCCUGCAUUUUUUGAUCGUCGGAAUUUUCUUGCAACAUUGCUAUAUGUUGACCCAAAGAGCGUAGAUGUAUGUGCGAAAACAGGAGCACAUCGUACUGAACGAGAGAGAAAUGUACUGGUAGCUGAAAUUCAACAGUUACUACCCACAACAGUUAUGCUACCUUGUAAUAGGUUGGAGAAACUGCUCAUGCAAUCAUGGAAGAUGCAAUGUCGCGAAUGUUAUCUCCAUGUUAGAGAGGAUUUCGAUGUUUCCCCAGAUUAUAUUUUAGAAGACCAUCAGUGUGACUGGGAUCAUUUCCCUAUGUUUACUUCGCAGGUGUUAACAAAACAUACAGAUGAGGUUUGGUGUGCGGCGUUUUCACGUUGUGGAAAAUAUUUAGCAACGGGUAGCAGAUCUGGAGCAGCACAUAUUUGGAAAAUAAUCAAUGAAUCUACAGUUGAGCCGUACAAAGAACUUACUGGAAGAAGCAGUUCAUCGUUGUUAACUUGGAGUGAUGAUGGUGCGCUUUUAGCCGUAAGCGCUGCGGAAGGUCACUUAGCGGAUGUUCACGUUUACGAUGUACAUAACGGCGUCAUAUUUUGUGUUGUCGAAAACAGAGCGAACGACAGCACUGUUAUGUCGUUUGUUCCGAACUCAUCAGUCACUUAUAGACUUGUUUGUGCUGAUCAAAUGGGGCAUUUUUGUCAAUAUACUAUAUCGAAGAACAGUGUAAAAUCUGAGGGAAAAUUCGAGGGUUAUAGGAUCCGCGCUGUUCACUGUCUCAGGAAUGGAUCAGUUUUAGCAGCAGAUACUCAUAACAGAGUUCGCAGCUAUCGAUUUAGCGACGAUUCUGAAAUAACGCUUAUUGAAGAACUAAGUCAGAUUUCAACAUUUGUGGUGGAUAAGUCUGAGCGACGUGUUUUGAUUGAUACUAAAUUGCACGGUUUGAGAUUAUGGGAUUUAAGAACACGAACUUUGAUCAGAUCUUUCGUUGGUGCCCCACAUCAUGAUUUUAUUAUUCAUUCGGCUUUUGGUGGCCCUGAACAGUCGUAUAUCGCCACUGGUUCCACAGAUGAAUGUAUAUAUGUAUGGAAGCAAAGUUCCGAGGAAUUGAUAGCAAAACUGACUGGGCAUACUGCACGUGUAAAUGCUGUGGCAUGGAAUCCUAGGUUACCACAAUUGGUUUCUUGCUCUGAUGAUUGUACAGUUCGUAUUUGGAGUCCACUUGUUGGCAUUGAUCCAUCCACUAUUCAGCAGAAUUGA